GAGUAAAUCUCUUUCCUGUUGUGGGAUUCCUUUCUCCUAUGAACUCUCCCGUCGUUCUACGGUUCUCCUCCUCGUCUUCAUCGGUGUUGAUCUGUAGGUAAGAUGCCGGGCGCUUUACUGACCCACAGCCCCAAGCAGGCGCUCCUAGAUCUUCCACCGCUCCGCUCCGCCGGCUGCUGUACCAGCCAUCGCUGCUGUCGCACCUUCCUGCCGAUUAACAGCCACGAGCAGGCGACCCCCAUGCCCCAUGGAUGACGUAGGGCAUGCGGCGGGCCAGAGACGCCCCCAGCCGAUGUGCCGGGUGACCGGGGCACUGCAAUUGAUGCGGGUUAUACCUCCCGACACCGGCUGUCCACUUCGCUCUGCUCCACGCCGCGCGGCUGGCGGCAAUGUUUCCAAGCCCCGGAAUCUCUGCCUCCCUCUGCACAUCUUACUACCUCUCUGAGUCGCCAAAUUGCAAUGGAGGCUAAUUCCCUUCCAGUACUACAAUACUUACCAAUUUGAUGUGUUGUAUUUUCAGGUUUGGAGUCAGAUGCACUGACCGUCCAUAGCUGAAGGAGCCUGGUGUACGUACGGCUAGGCUUCACACAACUAGAUAUGGCAAGGAGUAGAAGAAGGCGUAUUGUUCAGAGCAAUGAGGAAUAUUUGUCAGAGGAACAGAUUGAAGAAGAAAAUACCCUUCCACAGCUUGCCACACCAUCUGAACAAGAAACUGUAUGUCAUGAUUCUGGAGAAGGCAAUGAAGACAUUGAUGACGAUUUUGAUAUCAAUGAUGGAGAAGGUAAUGAAGACACUAAUGACGAUGUUGAUAUUGAUGAUGAAGGCAAUGAAGAUACUGAUGUUGAUAUUAAUGUUCGAGUUGAAAAUGGAGCACCUGAAACACGUGGCAAGACAAAACUGAAAGAUGUUUGGAACCUUCCGAAAGGGCUUAGAAUUGUGGUUCAAUGCAAUGAUCUCAAUCAGGCGGUAGGGGAAGAAGCUGGAAUUUUGGGUAAAUUUCUUGGAAUGAUAGCUAGGAAUGGUAGUCUGUGUAGCUUAGGCUACACAGACUGGAGAUAUGUAAUAGGAAAGAGAGAGAAAAAUACAAAUGAACUAAAAGUUAAAAAGGACAUACUUAAGCAAGUAAAGAUGAGAUUCCUUUAUGCUCCUCGGAUGGAAGAGUUCAUAUUAAAAAAAAUUGGAGAAAGAUGGCGGCAAUAUAAAGCAAAACUAAAAGAUUUGUAUUUUGAUGUGAAUGAGACUAAGGAAGCUAAUUGCAACAAUGUCCCAGAAGGUGUGCUUUCUGACCAGUGGAUUGCUCUUGUCAAUCAUUGGAUGAACGAGAAAUCGAAGAGAAUAAGUGAGCAGAAUAAGAAAAACUGCCAAAAGAAGAAGGCAAUUCACACAGCAGGGACAAAGAGUUUUGCUCGCACAAGAGAAGAGAUGAGACAAAAAGAUCCUGCAAAGAAGAACCCACAUAGAGCUGUUGUUUAUGUCCACACACACAAGCGCAAAAGUGACAAGAAUAUAAAUGGGCAUGUGGAUAAUUUGAAGAGACUUAUAGCUGAACAACCAGCUUUAGCGGAUGCUAGUAAAGGAAAGACUGCUUGGAAAGGAGAUGCAUUGAACCAAAUACUAGGAGAUGACAAGCCUGGGCGUGUGCAUGGUCUUGGACUAGUUCCAAAGCCUAAACAAGUGCUUGAUGUGCCAACUUCCCGACGUUUGCAGAAUAUAAAUCUUACUACAGUGGAGGAUAACUCCAGUGAAGAUGUAAUGGCUAUUAGACUGCAGAUGGAAAAGUUAGAACGCCAUGUUGAGAAUAAUGAUGCUAAACUUUUACAAUUAAAAGAGAAGGCAACCAAGUUGGAAAAGGCACAAAAGAAUCAGUUACAGGGAGGUUUAGAUGGAGCGUCUACAAACAAAGAAGCUAUUUGUGAUGACAUACCUAAUUCAAAAAGGAGGCUAUGUAUCUUUAUGGAAGAAAUAUCAUAACAUUUUCUGCAUUAUCUCAUAAACUGUGGUAUAGAUCUCUGUUCAUUUUCUGUUAUGGACAGAGAGUGUAUGGUGACAACCCCUCGCAAGAAAUUUGUAUGUUUGAGGAGGGAAACAUUAUGGAUCAGCAGGACAACAGUUUGAUGAAUACACAAAGCCAUGUGCACGAUGAGAAUUUGCAACCACCAACUAAGCAUUCUACUGUUUACAAGAAUACACAGUCUUUGGGCCAGAAUCACAGUGGGAAGCAAAGGAAGAUUACUUCCUGUGCAAACAAGCGCAAAGGAAAUUUGGACCAGAAUGAGCUUAUGCAACCAGGGAAGAGUAUUUCUAGUGCAUACAAGAACAAUAAACCUGACAACCAGGACAACUAUAUGUUGAAUGCACACAAAGUUACAAGUACACACAAGAACAAAGAGAACCUUACCCGCAAGCUUGUUAGACCAAGCCUAAACAAGUAUAGUACUGCUUCUAAGAAACGGCAAUGCAACACAAUGGACUUUUUAACUGACAAUUCAACAGUGAAAGUGUAUGGUGACGGUCCCUUGCAAGAAAUUUGUCAUGUUGAGCAGGAAAACAUUGUGAUGAAUUCACAAAGCCAUGUUCAAGAUGAGGAUAAGACACCACCAACCAAGCAUGCUACUGCACACAAGAACAAACGAACCUUUGGCCUAAAUGACCAUGGGAAACAGAUGGAGAUUAUUUGUGCCAAGAACAAGAAACCUGACAAUCAGGACAGCCAUAUGGUACAUGCACAUAAAGUUGGUGGUGCAUACAAGAAACAACAGUGCAGCAAAAUGGACUUUAUCACUGACAAUUCAAUGGAGGUUGGAACUAAAGUAUUCUUAAAAAGUUGGAAAAAUCGGAAUACAAACAUGGCUCUUGCCACUAUUGUAAGUUGUGAUCCAACACGCAGAGUUGGAGGUGUUGAGCUAGGAAAUGAAUUUUUAAUGGUUCAUGUCGAUCUUGCAUUGGCAAAAUCCGAAGAUUUGAUUAGGCUAUACAAAGGCUACAAAAUUGUUGGUCAUGUUGUAGGACUUGAAAUUGCGUGGUCUGCAAUUUUCGUUGACAAGAUAAAUGGGUGAAGAUGUGGGGGAAAUUUCGUGACUGCCAGUACGCAACUAGGUCACCUGUACAUGUCACGGAAUGAUGAUGGCUGCAAGGUGGAGAAUGGGGGCAACAAGAUGUGUUUUUUUUGUAUAUACUUUAGAUUCUAUUUUCUGCAUUAAUGUUCUGAACAAAGGUUUAAUGCCAUGAAUUAUGCUGAUGAUUGUCUAUGUAAUGCAAAAUACUAUAUUUAAUAUAUAAUCGAUUAUCAUGAUUGAUUGGACUA